AUGGAGGUGAAAACAUGUUUAAUUGCGGUGUUAUUGGUGGUAGCUGAACCAUGCUCCGAGGCAAUUCAGCAAUAUGUUGAAAAAGAGGUCAACCAAACGUCGGUGGAUUACAUUCGCAAACUUGGUUACCCUGCAGAAUCUCAUUUCGUGAAAAUUUCAGAUGGUCAUGUACUUAAGUUGUUUCGGAUUCCCUAUUCGCCACAUUUGAGUAAUGCCAUCGUGAAGAAACCUGUCGCAUUCGUACAACACGGAUUAUUUUCCUCUUCUGAUUGCUUUCUUCUGACUAAAGAUCAAUCCAAUAAUGCUUUGGCCUUCAAUUUGGCCGAUAGUGGUUUUGAUGUUUGGUUAGGAAAUGUGCGCGGCAAUAUUUACUCUUCCAGCAAGACAAACUGUUCCCUAAAACAGCCAAAGUAUUGGAGAUUUGAUUGGCAUGAAAGCGCCAACAUUGAUCUUCCACAAAUGAUUGAUUAUGUUCUGAAGCAGACGAACGAAUCACGAUUGCAUUUUAUGGGACACUCUCAGGGAAUGACCCUGUUUUUAGCGAUGAUAAGAGAUAGGCCAGACUAUGGUGUUAAAAUUAAAACAUUCCAUAUGGUAGCGUCUGUUAAUUUCCCGGCGGACUGCACUAGUUGCUUGUUGGUGAAUAUGGUACCAUUUAUGUCUAAGACUAUUGGAAAAUGGAUGUUAUUGCCAGAUAUGCUUGAAUACAUUUUUCUCAAUCGCUAUGUUCAGCGUAUACUCCAAGAGACGUGCAACAGUCAAAUCAACGGCCCCAGUUACUGUGAUGCAUUGUUGUUAAUGUGGGCAGGAUCUAAUUAUACCAAGGCGUUCCCCACGAAAGCGGCAUCUUACUUUUCUAACAUUUUGUUUAAACAUGGAAUUUUUUAUAUCAAAGAAUAUAUCGACGAAGAACUAUUCCAAAUUGAGCGCAGUUUUCAAAUAGACCCAAACUUAUUGGAUGACGCUUGGCAUUUGAUAUGUGAAAAUAUUAUACAUAUUAUCAAUAUAAUAGUAAUUUAUUUUUUUAUAUCAUUCUGUUGGAAUAGUUUAAGAAAUGACCAUUUGGUCCUGUUUCCACUAUUAUCAAACUCUAUAUAAGAAGUGCA